AUGAUCACAAACACUUCAACAAACACUUCAACAACCACAACAACAACGACUCACAAAAAAUCUCUUCUCCACAAGGAAUGUUUCAGUUUUUUGAGUUUGGUGAAUUUUUCUUCUUCUUCAAGUCGAAAUAUUUUGGAAAAUCGAGAAUUUUUUAUUGAAUUUUUGUAUCGAAAAAAUAGAAGAGGAUUGUGGAAUUGUUUUGUGGAAUUGGAACAAAUUAAGGAACAAUUGAUGAUCAUAACGAAUUCUGCAGAUUCUAAGAGAGAGUCAAAUUCAUCGGGAUUGAAAAAAGUGUCACAAUUUAGACAAAGCGAUGCACAGCCAUUGAAGCAAGAUUAUUCAGCAAUGAAUGAAAGUCAGUUGUCAAAAAGUUUAGAUGAUUCCACGAGUUGUAAAAUUUUAAUUUCUGUCACCAAUGAUGCAACAACUAAUCAUUUGACAUCAUUGCAAUCAUUUAUCAAUGAAGGAAACCUCUCUCCACAUGGCGUCACAACUCUUCAAAUUUACGACAGAAUUAUUCGAAAAUUUUUUAUAAAUUUUUCGGAUGUGAAAAAUUUAAAUAUUGACACCAUCAUGACCUCAGCAGUCAAUUCCUUACUUGGAAUUUCGAGAGAAUUACAACGAGAAACGUGUCAAAAAUUUGAAAAACAUGUCAAAUUAAUUUCACAACAAUUGUCAGGAGGAUUGAAUUUGUGGAAUGAAUUAUUUUUCACAUUGGCCGAUGAUUCAACUUCUGUCAUGAAUCACAACAAAUCACAAAAUCAUGACAACUCUCCAAAUGUGCAUCAUGAAACUUCUCCUUCGAAAAUGACUUUUGGAUUUUUUAGGAAAUUAACCAUGAAACAACAUCAUAACAAGACACAAUCCGUGUCGUCGUCAGCCUUAAUCGAUUCACAACAACAACAACAUUUGGAGUCUCAUUCAGAAACAGCUGUGGUGAAUCACAACUCGACAAAAAAGAAACAACCUUCUUUGGGUUUUGGAUUUAAGAAAUUAUCGGAUCAAGAAAUGACAAGAAUUUUGGAAAAAUUUCAAGAAUGUCAUGAACCAUCAAUCUUAUUAUUCACUACACAUCAUUUUCAUGAAAUUUUUGGAGCUCUUCAUUCCGAACUAUUUCAGAAAUUGAAAACACUCUUCGAACAAUACGUCGAUGAUUCAGAAGAAUUUGAAGUGUUACUGAUGAGAAGAAUAAUUUUUACACACAAGAAUGAAUUUCCAGAAAUUUUCAAACGAAGUCACUCUCCCAACACGACAAACCCUCCAUCGCUAAUCAUUCCUCCAAACAGCGCUGUCACAAACACACAUACCAUCAAUACCACAACGAUUGGCGCACCAAUGACAUCAACAGCAAAUUCCACUUCGCAAUUGACCUCUGCCAUUCAGAGUCAUACCAAUUCCCAUGAAAAUGCAAGUCAUUCUUCCAUGAUGAUCGAUGAAGGAACUGCCUCUGAAAAAUCAGAUCUAUCUCCAAGCAGUCCGUUGCCACCUUCUUCUUCUGUCACUACUACUGAUUCCAAUCUCACCAAAAAAACGAGUUUUAAUUUACAAAUUCCUUUGAAUAACGUAUCUCGAACAGCAACCACGGAUCAAGGAGGCAAUGCAAUGACGUCUCGAAGUGUUAGCCCUAUCGAUGAGUACGGUAUGGAGUCACCUCGAUCCAAAUUAACAUCCCUUCUCUCGUUUGAUGAAAAAAAGAAGAAGAAAAAGGAGAAGGAAGAAACAGAACGAAAAGUGCAAACCAUUCAGGAUCAAAUGAACAAGUACAACAAGAUUAUUUCAACACUGUAUAAGGAUCUCGUUCAACGAGAUUUUGAACUUUCUCAGCUCAAAAAACAAGAGAUGGAGCUUUUUGAUGGUACAGAUGAAGAGUCAUCAAUCAAUGAUCAAGUCGAACCAUUUGAGCUCUAUGAAGUAACAACGAAAGAGGAACUGCAGAGUGACAGUGUCAACCAUUCAUGUCCUCAUCCAUAA